GGUCUGACCUGCCCGACCACCUGAGGCUCGUCCUGUCAUUGAUUCUCUGGGUCAAUACGUACGCGCUCCUCGGCAGCCUCUUUGACUGGGUAUUAAAGUAACACAUCCCCAGUCCGUACUUCCAACCGAUAGCGACGCCUCCAUUCGAGCCUCACAUCACACAUCGCACUAUGAAGCUCUUAACCAUCUUCACCUCUCUGCUCGCCAUCCCCACCGCCCUCACUGCGGUCGUCUACUACGACACCGUCUACGACCAGGCUGACGAGGCCCUCACCUCCGUCGCCUGCUCGAACGGCGACAACGGCCUCAUCACUAAGUACCAGUGGAACGACCUCGGCGACAUCCCGAACUUCCCCAACGUCGGCGCGGCGUUCGCGGUCGAGGGAUGGAACAGCAAGAACUGCGGGACGUGCUGGCAGCUGAACUACACGGUGUCGCAGGGUCACCAGAACCUCGUCAACAUCCUCGCUGUCGACGUCGCGGGGGUCGACGGCUUCGUCAUCUCGCGCAAGGCUAUGGACACGCUCACGAACGGUCGCGCUGUGGAGCUGGGCGUGGCGACGAUCACGUAUAAGCAGAUCGACGGAAGCUUGUGCGGGCUGCCUUCAGCCUAGUGCAAAGUCGUGCAACCAUACGAGGAGAACUGAAAUGCAUAUGAAAGGACUUUCCUCAAAUCUUGGGACUGGUUGUAACAGGACGAUGUGUUGUAUUCGUACUUGUGUUGUACUGCCUGUGGACGUUAUGCCUACUGAAACUUCGGACUUCUUUCAAUGAUUAGAAUCGAGCAGGACCCGGCCAA